AUGGCGACGGCUGCGGCCCGGGGAGGCGGCGGCGGCGGCGGCGGCGCCUCCGCCUCCGCCUCCGCCUCCGCCUCCGGGUCCACUGUCGGCGCCUCGCGGGGCUUCUACUUCAACACGGUGCUGUCACUGGCCCGCUCCCUGGCCGUGCAGAGACCAGCAUCCUUGGAAAAGGUCCAGAAGCUGCUUUGCAUGUGCCCGGUGGAUUUCCACGGGAUCUUCCAGCUGGACGAAAGACGCCGGGAUGCUGUCAUCGCUCUGGGGGUUUUUCUCAUCGAGUCUGAUCUGCAGCACAAGGAUUCCAUCAUCCCUUACCUUCUGCGGCUUCUCAAAGGUCUUCCCAAAGUGUACUGGGUGGAAGAAAGCACGCCUCGGAAAGGCAGAGGCACCCUCCCUGUUGCAGAGAACUUCAGUUUCUGCUUGGUGACGUUGCUGUCUGACGUGGCGUACAGGGACCCUUCCCUCAGAGAUGAGAUUUUAGAAGCCCUUCUGCAGGUUUUGCGUGUCCUUUUGGGAAUGUGCCAGACCUUGGAGAUUCAAGAAAAAGAGUAUCUCUGCAAGUACGCGGUGCCCUGCCUGCUGGGAAUCGCCCGCGCCUUUGGCCGUCACAGCAACGUGGAGGAGGCGCUGCUCUCCAAGCUCUUUCCCAGAGCGCCGCCGCACGCCCUCCGCGUCCCCGAGGAGCUCGAGGGCGCGAGGAGGCGAUCCGGCAACGUGACAGUGGUUGGGCUGGCCUUUUCUGAUCCGAGAUGUGGUUCCUUGUUUCAGGUCAGCCCAGAACGUGCAGUGCCUCCGCCCAGCUCGCCCGGAGGAUCGGCCUUUCACUACUUUGAAGCCUCGUGCUUGCCUGACGGCAGUGCCCUGGAGCCUGAGGACCACUUCUCCGCCGUCAGCUCCAGCUUCUCGCUGUCACCUCGUUUCAAUGGCGUUACCUAUAAGGAGUUCAGCAUACCACUCGGAACGCUUCAGGAACUCCUCACCUUGGUGAAGAAGAUCGUUGAGGAGCCGGUUCUCAGGUCUCUGGAUGCCGUCUUGGCCAGUGUCGCAGAGGCUAACCCCGGCGUGGACCUGCACUACUCCACCUUCAGCGACCCCCUGUACGUGGCUGUGUUCAAGAUGCUGCGGGACACGCUGUAUUGCAUGAAGGACCUCCCGACGUCUUUCGUGAAGGACAUGCAUGACUUCGUGCUAGAGCAGUUCAACACGAGCCAGGGGGAGUUCCAGAAGAUUCUACACGACGCAGAGCGCGUCCACAGCGAGCUCAGCCCGCUCAAGCUGCGCUGCCAGGCCAACGCCGCCUGCGUGGACCUCAUGGUGUGGGCCGUGAAGGAUGAGCAGGGUGCGGAAAAUCUGUGCAUCAAGCUGUCGGAGAAGCUGCAGUCGAAGACGUCUAGCAAAGUCAUCAUCGCCCACCUGCCCCUGCUCCUCUGCUGCCUGCAGGGCUUGGGCCGCCUGUGUGAGAGGUUCCCGCUGGUCGUGCACUCAGUGAUGCCGUCUCUGAGAGACUUCCUGGUCAUCCCGUCCCCAGUACUCGUGAAGCUCUACAAGUACCACAGUCAGUACCACACAGUUGCUGGCAAUGAUAUAAAGAUCAGUGUAACGAACGAGCAUUCCGAGUCGACCCUGAACAUCAUGUCGGGAAAGAAGAGCCAGCCCUCCAUGUAUGAGCAGCUUCGUGACAUCGCCAUAGACAACAUCUGCAGGUGCCUGAAAGCUGGCCUAACUGUGGACCCUGUGAUUGUGGAGGCCUUCCUGUCCAGUCUGUCCAACCGGCUCUACAUCUCACAGGAAAGCGACAAGGAUGCCCACCUGAUUCCUGACCACACUAUCCGGGCUUUGGGACACAUUGCAGUGGCCCUGAGGGACACUCCCAAGAUCAUGGAGCCAAUUCUGCAGAUCCUGCAGCAGAAAUUCUGCCAGCCACCCUCACCUCUCGACGUGCUCAUCAUUGACCAGCUGGGUUGCCUGGUCAUCACUGGAAAUCAAUACAUCUAUCAGGAGGUGUGGAACCUGUUCCAGCAGAUCAGUGUGAAAGCCAGCUCUGUUGUGUACUCAGCCACCAAGGACUACAAGGAUCACGGCUACAGGCACUGCUCCUUGGCCGUCAUCAAUGCCCUGGCCAACAUCGCAGCCAACAUCCAGGAUGAGCACCUGGUCGAUGAGCUGCUCAUGAACCUGCUGGAGCUGUUCGUGCAGCUGGGGCUGGAGGGGAAGCGCGCCAGCGAGAGGGCCAGUGAGAAGGGCCCCGCCUUGAAGGCCUCCAGCAGUGCGGGGAACCUGGGAGUGCUCAUCCCUGUGAUAGCUGUGCUCACCCGCCGACUGCCACCCAUCAAGGAGGCCAAGCCUCGGCUGCAGAAGCUCUUCCGUGACUUCUGGCUCUACUCGGUCCUGAUGGGCUUUGCCGUGGAGGGCUCAGGGCUCUGGCCGGAGGAGUGGUAUGAGGGGGUCUGCGAGAUAGCCACCAAGUCGCCCCUCCUCACCUUCCCCAGCAAGGAGCCGCUGCGCUCCGUCCUGCAGUACAACUCGGCGAUGAAGAACGACACGGUGACGCCGGCCGAGCUGAGUGAGCUCCGCGGCACCAUCAUCAACCUGCUGGACCCUCCUCCCGAAGUAUCCGCCCUCAUCAACAAGCUGGACUUCGCCAUGUCCACCUACCUUCUGUCUGUCUACCGACUGGAGUACAUGCGGGUGCUCCGAUCAGCAGACCCUGACCGCUUCCAGGUGAUGUUCUGCUACUUUGAGGACAAGGCUAUUCAGAAAGACAAGUCAGGAAUGAUGCAAUGCGUCAUCGCUGUCGCCGACAAGGUGUUCGAUGCUUUCCUGAACAUGAUGGCCGAUAAAGCCAAGACCAAAGAGAACGAGGAGGAGCUGGAACGACAUGCCCAGUUCCUGCUGGUGAAUUUCAACCACAUCCAUAAGCGGAUCCGCAGGGUGGCCGACAAGUACCUGUCAGGCCUGGUGGACAAGUUCCCUCACUUGCUCUGGAGUGGGACAGUCUUGAAGACCAUGUUGGACAUCCUACAGACCCUGUCACUAUCACUGAGCGCUGAUAUUCACAAGGACCAGCCGUACUACAACAUCCCUGAUGUGCCCUACCGGAUCACAGUUCCCGACACCUAUGAGGCCCGAGAGAGCAUCGUGAAGGACUUUGCUGCACGCUGUGGGAUGGUUCUCCAGGAGGCCAUGAAGUGGGCACCAACGGUCACCAAGUCCCACCUGCAGGAAUACCUGAACAAGCAUCAGAACUGGGUGUCGGGACUGUCCCAGCACACAGGCUUGGCCAUGGCCACCGAGAGCAUCCUCCACUACGCUGGCUACAAUAGGCAGAGCACAACUCUCGGGGCAACUCAGCUAACUGAGCGUCCGGCCUGCGUGAAGAAGGACUACUCCAACUUCAUGGCAUCCCUGAAUCUGCGCAACCGCUAUGCUGGAGAGGUGUAUGGAAUGAUCCGGUUCUCCGACGCUACGGGCCAAAUGUCUGACCUCAACAGAAUGGUGGUCCAGGAGCUGAACGCGGCACUGGAGCUCGGCAGCCCUCCGCAGUACACGCAGGCCAUGUUCAAGCUGACAGCCAUGCUCAUCACCAGCAGAGAUUGUGACCCCCAACUCCUGCACCACCUCUGCUGGGGUCCCCUACGGAUGUUCAAUGAGCACGGCAUGGAGACAGCCCUGGCUUGCUGGGAGUGGCUGCUGGCUGGCAAGAACGGCGUGGAAGUGCCGUUCAUGCGGGAGAUGGCAGGAGCUUGGCACAUGACAGUGCAGCAGAAGUUAGGCCUAUUUUCUGCAGAAAUAAAGGAAGCAGACCCUCUGGCCGCCUCAGAAGCAAGUCAGCCAAAACCCUGUCCCCCUGAAGUGACGCCCCACUACAUCUGGAUUGACUUCCUGGUGCAGCGGUUCGAGAUUGCCAAGUACUGCAGCUCCGACCAAGUGGAGGUCUUCUCCAGCCUGCUGCAGCGCUCCAUGUCCCUGAGCAUCGGCGGGGCCAAGGGCAGCAUGAACCGCCACGUGGCCGCCAUCGGGCCGCGCUUCAAGCUGCUGACCCUGGGGCUGGCUCUGCUGCACGCCGACGUGGUCCCCAACGCCACCAUUCGCAAUGUGCUCCGGGAGAAGAUCUACUCAACAGCCUUUGACUACUUCAGCUGUCCCCCCAAGUUCCCGACCCAAGGGGAGAAGAGACUUCGAGAAGACAUCAGCAUCAUGAUUAAGUUCUGGAUGGCCAUGUUCUCAGAUAAGAAGUACCUCACUGCCAGCCAGCUGGUCCCACCAGAUAACCAAGACACGCGGAGUAACUUGGACAUUACAGUUGGCUCACGGCAGCAGGCCACGCAAGGCUGGAUCAACACCUACCCACUGUCCAGCGGCAUGUCCACCAUCUCUAAGAAGUCAGGGAUGUCAAAGAAGACCAACCGGGGCUCCCAGCUGCACAAGUACUACAUGAAGCGCAGGACCCUGCUGCUGUCCUUGCUGGCCACCGAGAUCGAGCGCCUCAUCACAUGGUACAACCCCCUGUCGGCCCCAGAGCUGGAGCUGGACCAGGCCGGGGAGAACAGUGUGGCCAACUGGCGGUCCAAGUACAUAAGCCUCAGUGAGAAGCAGUGGAAAGACAACGUGAACCUCGCCUGGAGCAUCUCCCCGUACCUGGCCGUGCAGCUGCCAGCCAGGUUUAAGAACACAGAGGCCAUUGGUAAUGAGGUGACCCGCCUGGUACGCUUGGACCCGGGAGCUGUGAGUGACGUCCCAGAAGCUAUCAAGUUCCUGGUCACCUGGCAUACCAUUGAUGCCGACGCACCCGAGCUCAGCCACGUGCUCUGCUGGGCGCCCACGGACCCGCCCACCGGCCUCUCCUACUUCUCCAGCCAGUACCCACCGCACCCGCUCACGGCCCAGUACGGGGUCAAGGUCCUGCGGUCAUUCCCACCGGACGCCAUCCUGUUCUAUAUCCCACAGAUCGUGCAGGCCCUCAGGUAUGACAAGCACUGUGCUGACAUCGGUGACCUCCUGGAGCAGCUGGUGGACGAGAUCACGAGCUCCUUGUCAGGCCCAGCCAAGGACUUCUACCAGCGGGAAUUCGACUUCUUCAACAAGAUCACCAACGUAUCAGCCAUCAUCAAGCCCUACCCUAAAGGUGACGAGAGGAAGAAGGCGUGCCUGUCCGCGCUGUCUGAGGUCAAAGUACAGCCAGGCUGCUACCUGCCCAGCAACCCUGAGGCCAUCGUCCUAGACAUCGACUACAAAUCUGGGACCCCGAUGCAGAGUGCGGCAAAGGCCCCAUACCUGGCCAAGUUCAAGGUGAAGCGCUGUGGGGUGAGCGAGCUGGAGAAGGAAGGGCUACGGUGUGGCUCCAACCUGGACGAGAGCGGUUCACAGGAGGCUGACACCCAGAAGAUCUCCUGGCAGGCCGCCAUCUUCAAAGUUGGGGAUGAUUGCCGACAGGACAUGCUGGCCCUGCAGAUCAUCGACUUGUUCAAGAACAUCUUCCAGCUGGUCGGCCUUGACCUCUUCGUGUUUCCCUACCGGGUCGUGGCCACAGCCCCAGGGUGUGGGGUCAUCGAGUGUAUCCCCGACUGUACCUCGAGAGACCAGUUAGGCCGCCAAACGGACUUCGGCAUGUAUGACUACUUCACACGGCAGUACGGGGAUGAGUCCACCCUGGCCUUCCAGCAGGCCCGCUACAACUUCAUCCGGAGCAUGGCCGCCUACAGCCUCCUGCUCUUCCUGCUGCAGAUCAAGGACCGCCACAACGGCAACAUCAUGCUGGACAAGAAGGGCCAUAUCAUCCACAUCGACUUCGGCUUCAUGUUUGAAAGCUCCCCGGGCGGCAACCUGGGCUGGGAGCCGGACAUUAAGCUGACAGACGAGAUGGUCAUGAUCAUGGGCGGUAAGAUGGAGGCCACGCCCUUCAAGUGGUUCAUGGAGAUGUGUGUCCGUGGCUACCUGGCCGUGAGGCCCUACAUGGAUGCUGUCGUCUCGCUGGUCACUCUCAUGCUGGACACGGGCCUGCCCUGCUUCCGAGGCCAGACAAUCAAGCUCUUGAAACACAGGUUUAGUCCCAACAUGACGGAGCGGGAGGCUGCGAAUUUCAUCAUGAAAGUCAUUCAGAACUGUUUCCUCAGCAACAGGAGCCGGACCUACGACAUCAUCCAGUACUAUCAGAACGACAUCCCCUACUGA